UGUAUUGUGUUGUUGAUAUAUUGUUUCCCACUAAAAAAUAUAUCAUAACAUUAUUAAUAUUAAUGAUAGAAAGAUCAUUUUAUUAUCUCAGUGAAUAGUAAAUUAGUGAAUACAGCAAUAAAAUUUUGAGUUUUUAUUACGUUUAAUAUAAAUAAUGGAUAACAUUUUUGGGAAAGAAGAUUCUGGUGAUGAAAGUGAACAUAAUGACAUUGAAGACAAAGAUGAUAAAAAUAGUCUUUUACAAAAUUCAGGAUCUAAAGAUAUCGAAGUUAUGGAUAUUGAUAGUGCACAAGUCAAAAUAGAAUCCGAUGCAAUGAGUUCUCAGUCACAAUCGGAUACAGAAGAGAAUGAAAAUACAGGAUCAAAUUCUAUGUACCCAAUUGUGGCGGAACAAAUGGAAGUUGAAAAUCAGAAACUUAAUAUAAAGGAAGAACAAAUUGCAGAAGAUAUAUUUGGUAAUGACAUCAUGUUACCUCGUGCAAAUCCAGUUAAUACGAAAGAAAGAAGGGAAAGUAAAGAGAAAAGCAAGAAAGAAUUAGAGGAAGAAGAACGAGAAAAAAUGCAGGUAUUAGUAUCCAAUUUUACUGAAGAUCAGUUGGACAGAUAUGAGAUGUAUAGACGAUCAGCAUUCCCUAAAGCAGCUAUAAAAAGAAUUAUGCAAACUAUAACAGGCUGUUCAGUAUCUCAGAAUGUUGUCAUAGCUAUGUCAGGAAUCGCCAAAGUAUUUGUUGGCGAAAUUGUUGAAGAAGCUUUGGAUGUUAUGGAGGCUCAGAAUGAAACUGGCCCAUUACAACCAAAACAUCUGAGAGAAGCUGUUCGCAGAUUAAGGCUGCAAGGUCAAAUACCGAAUGGCCGGGCGCAUAAAGCUUUCUUUAGGCUAUAAUUACUUUAUGAUAUAUUAGUACAAUGUUUCUUAUUGAUAGAUGUCUGUCAAUAUUAAAAUUUGUAAAUAUGUACAAAAUAUAUAAUUCAUGAAUCAAAAUCAGAUUUUUUGCAUAUCUUUGCAUAAUUAAUAUUUGUUUUUAGAUUCAAAAGGUACUGUUUGCAUAUUCUCGACUAGUAUGUUAAAUUUAUUAAGAUUUUAGGUAUAUAUAUUUUACUAACAACUUAAUUUAUGCUUUUUUUAAAUUAGAAUAUAAACCAAAUGUAGUUAAGUUAAAUAUUUUUAUAUUAUUAACAAAUCUUUUUGAUAUAUAAUUAGAA